GAGUCUAUUCGUCGUACGCGCCUCGCCUUACCUCAGCAUUUCAACAACUCCAUGAAUCAGCGUUGACGCCAUUGGAGUUUUUACUAAUAAUAAGUGUUUUUGUAUCUGUUUUGUGGUCGUAGAAGCUGACGAGGGACAUUGGAUGACAGUGACAUUGCCGAUUUUACUGUAGCCAAAAUACGUCAGCGUUUCGUGUCAAAAUGGCCGACGAAGUACCCGUUAGUAGUGGUGAUACCAUUCCUGAAAUGUCAUUAGAAACGCCUUCAGUACCACCACCGGAACAGUCUCAUCCUGAGCCUCCCACCUCUGAUCCUACUUCUGAAGUUUCUCCUGCUCCUCCUGCCUCAGAUAAUGCUCCAGUCGCAAUGAACGAUCAAGAAAUGGAAGCUCCUGCUCAAGAGCAGGGCCAAGCUCCUGCUCAAGAGCAGGGCCAAGCUCCUGCUCAAGAGCAGGGACAAGCUCCUCCGGUAGCAGCAGAACAAGAACCUGAAAAACCGGCUGAGGUAGUACCGGAGAAGCCCCCAGCAAAAAAAAUUACUGUGCACGUGAAAACUGCCCAGGAACGAGAGACUUUCGAAAUCGAAGAGGAUUCCUUGGUGAAGGACUUCAAAGCUCUGAUCGGCCCCAAGUUCAACGCAGAGCCUGAUCAGCUGUGUCUGAUUUUUGCUGGAAAAAUAAUGAACGACGACGAUAACAUGACGCAGCAUAACAUCAAAGACGGCCUGACGAUUCAUCUCGUUAUAAGGGCAGCUCCCAGGACGCUCGAAACCGAUCCCAAUCGACGACCCGCCGACAUCGGUGCCACCCCAUUCCAAUUGGGCAGCUUGGGGGGACUCGCCGGAAUCGCCCAGUUGGGGAUGGGUUCGGCCGACUUCAUGGAGAUUCAGAAUCAGAUGCAGAACGAGCUGCUUUCGAAUCCGAAUAUGUUACGAAAUCUGCUGGAUAAUCCGCUCGUACAACAACUCAUGAAUAAUCCAGAAGUGAUGAGAACGCUUGUGAUGAGGAAUCCUCAGAUGCAGGAGCUGACCGAAAGGUAUCCAGAGAUUAGCCAAACUUUGAACAAUCCGGAGCUCCUUCGUCAAACAGCCGAGUUAGCGCGCAAUCCCUCAAUGCUCCAGGAGUUGUUGAGAAGUCAUGAAAGGUCAUUGGGAUUGGAUCCUAGUUCCCCUCUUCCUGCCACCAAUCCCAUCCCGAAUAUGUUCCAGAAUCUUCAAGAACCGAUGCUGUCCUCAAUGGCUGCUCAAUUCCAAGCUAGUGCACAAACUACUCCUGCUCGCGGAGUACUAAAUCCUCCCCCACUAGCGAGUUUGCUGCAGCAGUUGUCAGAAAAUCCGACCUUAGUUCAAAACAUGCUCCAAGCCCCGUACACUCAAUCGGUCCUAGAGGCUAUGACGGCUGAUCCUAAUAUAGCAAACGCGCUGCUUGCUCAGAACCCAUUGAUCACCAAUAAUCCCGUCCUUCAAGCUCAAAUGAGGAACAUGAUGCCUCAAUUUAUGCAACAAAUGCAGAAUCCUGAAGUGCAGAAUCUCAUGACGAAUCCCCAAGCUUUAGACGCCAUUAUGCAGAUUCAGCAAGGCAUGGAGACUUUGAGGCAGUCCGCGCCUAGUCUCAUACAUACCUUUGCUCCGCCUCCAGCUCCCCAGGAAGUGCCAAAUAGUACCAGUACUGCUCCAACUGAGCCAGCCGAUGGGACACGCAACCCUUCUUCAGGUUUGCCUAGAGACGCGUUUUCAGAAUUCAUGUCUAGGAUGGUGGGUAGUAUGGCAGCAAACACAGAUAAUACUUUGCCACCUGAGCAGAGGUACCAGGCACAGCUGGAGCAACUGGCUGCUAUGGGAUUCCUCAACAGAGAGAUCAAUUUGCAAGCUCUUAUCUCUACUUUCGGAGAUAUCAACGCUGCAGUGGAGAAAUUACUUAAUCAGGGGCAGCUAACUCCUAUGGGUUGAUUUCAUUGUACAAGUCAUUAGAUCCUAGGGGUAAUCAUGUUACAGUAUUUCUAGAAUCAUGGGGUCACUUUAUUAUACUUGUUAAACAGUUUUUAUUUUAAGAGUUUGUAUUCUUAUUUUCUCUGGAGUGUGUAUCUGCCUGAUAUAGUGUGAAUAACAGUUAAGGAAAACAGUGGAAUUAGAUACUGUUCUGUUGAUAUAUUUUCGUCAAUAAAUGUUACAGAAAUAAGGCA